AUGACUCAACAAAUUGAAAUGACGGAUUACGUUGCAACGCGAUGGUAUCGCGCACCAGAAUUACUUGUUGGCGAUCGGCAAUAUGAUACUGCUGUUGAUGUAUGGGCUAUUGGUUGUGUCUUUUGUGAACUGUAUUCAGGUGUACCAUUAUGGCCUGGCAAGUCGGAUGUCGAUCAGCUUUAUCUAAUUCGAAAAACUUUAGGUAAUCUUAUUGAUAAGCACAUAACUAUAUUGAAAAGUAAUCCUCACUACAAAAAUGUGCAUAUACCUGAGCCUGAUACCAUUGAACCAUUAGAACAAAAAUUUCCAUAUGUUUCUGAACGCAGUCUUGAUUUCAUGAAAAGUUGUUUAGUUAUGGAUCCGGAAAAACGUUUUACAUGUGCACAACUUUUACAAAAUCCAUAUUUUGAUGGUUUCACUAAUGAGUUUGAGCGUGAAAGAAAAGAACAAACGCAACGUUUACAACGUGAACAACAAAAAUUGUUACAACAAGUCAAACCUCCAAGUAACGUUUAUGUGGCAGGUGCAGGACAAACUAAACAAAAUCCUGGAGGCAAAACUCAUCCAACGUUGACGGGCAUAACAGGAACACAAUUGACAAGUAUUCAUUCAACAUCAACUAAUGCAGGAGAAUAUUUAAGGUCAAGUCGUCUUGAAAUCUAUCCUGAGCAUGAUCCACGUGUUCAUGUACCAAAAACACGUUUUGGUAAUGCACAACAUCAAAAUUUACCAGCAAAUGAUUUAGAUAUGUCUAUGAAACCUGCACCGCAAACAAAACGUUUGGCACAUGGAGAUAACUUCACCCAUUUCCCCAGUAUACAAAACAAUUCUUUUUCUUCUUGA